AUGGAUGUCGAGUAUGAUCAUCUAUCGAUUGGUAGUACCGUCGAGUCGUUCAACUCAUCAACGACCAGAUACCGUAUUAUCGAUCAACUUGGCCAUGGCAGCUUUGGCCACGUCUUAAAGGUCAGCAGUCUUGCAGGCCAAGAGGUUUUUGCCAUGAAGGUCAUGUCUACAACCGGACAGCAUCGCAACACGCCCAUGAAGACGAUUUUCCAGUCGGAAGCAUCAAAGCUUAUGCAACUAGAAGGUCACGAGCAUAUCAUUGAGCUCAGAGACACUGUCGUCCUCCCCAAAAUCAACCGAGCUUGCAUGAUCAUGGACCUCGCUACCGAAGGAGACCUUGAGAGCGUUUUCCGUCGCAUCCCCAAGAAUCAGCACGAAGCCUUGUCGAAACUCGUCGCCCACGAAAUGACCGAGGCUCUUCAAUACAUCCAUUCCAAAAACAUCGUCCACAGAGACAUUAAGCCAGACAACAUUCUUGCUUUCCUUGCUGGCACCGAGCGCAACCCCCGCUACCUCUUCAAGCUCGCAGACUUUGGCAUCGCUGGUGAAAUUGACGACGACAAGGAGAUUGACUGGCCAGAACUCCACCAUCAGCCUAUGUCUGGACGCGCCUUUCGACACUACAGAGCACCCGAGACAUACCCACGCGGCACCGGAAUACACACCCGCUAUUUCGAGGCCAAGGCAGAUGUCUAUUCCCUUGGAGUCGUUCUUGCACAAAUUCACAACAACACCAUCUUAUCGAGCCGUGAGCCCUCACUCCCUAUAACUCCGGCACAUGCCAACUCUCUGGUCAAACAUAUGCUGGAGAAGGAUCCUGCAAGGCGUGCAUCAGCUUUGGCAUGCAAGAGGUUUUUGUGGGUUCAGGAGGGUGCUACAGUGAUUCUUCUCAAGGCUACCAAUACAUCUGGUGGAAACGGGGAGAUUAGCAACAGCAUGAAGCGUUUGAGCAUUGAGCAUUAG